AUUUAGCAAUGGCGGGCUAGAAUGAGCAAAAUGAAUGACAGAAAGAGUUCGGAGGGACUCGAAGUUUGCAAAUUACAGUCUCUUGUAAGGUUGUACAUCGAUAAGCAUCAGUACGAAAGUGCACAUUUCUGGGCGGACAAACUUGUGUCUUUAUCAGAUGAUGAAAUUGCGGACAUUUACUGGUUAGCGCAGACCCUGUACCUCACCGGUCAGUACCACAGAGCGGCACAUUUAUUGCAGAGUAAAAAACUGAACAAGGCCAACAAGGCAUGCCAGUAUCUCACUGCCAAGUGUCACGCGGCAGUCAAGGAAUGGGAGGAGGCUUUAAAUGUCUUAGAUGCCUCGGAGAGUUCAAUCAAGACGCCCGGCAAAGUCAAGGAAGAGGACUUGACUUCACCAGGGGUGGACAUCCAAGACAUUCCUCUCCAAAAUGUGGAGAGUUCGAUUUGUUUACUGCGAGGCCAGGUGUACGAAGCCAUGGAGAACAGGGUCCUGGCAGCUGAGAAUUAUCGUCUAGCGUUACAGCAAGAUCCUUACUGCUUUGAAGCGUUUGAGUUACUGGUCAAACAUCAGAUGCUUACGGCGAACGAAGAGAGAACCUUGUUAGACUCUCUUCCGUUGACCAAGAAUUGCCGCUUAGCAGAGAUGGAGGUUGUUAAAAGCGUUUAUGAAACCAUCCUCAAGAAAUAUGACAAGCCGUCGCUCUCAAGUUUACCGUCCUGCCUGGAACCACUCAAGGACAACUCAGACGUCGUGACGUGUCUAGCCGAGAGACAUUACUACAACUGUGACUUCAGGACUUGUCACAAGAUCACGUCAGAAGUGUUGAACAAAGAUCCCUACCACGGAACGUGUCUGCCGCUACAUAUAGCUACACUGGUGGAACUAAGAAAAUCAAAUGAUUUAUUCUACCUUGCACAUAAACUGGUUGACUUGUACCCUGGCAAGCCCAUAUCGUGGUUUGCGGUGGGGUGUUACUACUACUUAGUCGGCAAGAACGACUCCGCAAGGCGCUUCUUCAGCAAAGCAACGACGCUGGACAGGUUGUAUGGUCCGGCCUGGCUAGCCUUCGGUCACUCCUUCGCUGCUGAGGGGGAACACGACCAGGCCAUGGCUGCGUACUUCACUGCCUCGCAGCUCAUGAAGGGAUGUCACUUGCCACUCCUUUUUGUUGGUCUGGAGUACGGACUCACCAAGAACUUCAAGCUAGCAGAGAAGUUCUUUGACCAGGCCUUAGCCAUAGCUCCUAGUGAUCCCUUUGUCUUGCAUGAGAUGGGCGUGGUGGAGUUCCACAAUGGAGACUGGGAUGAAGCAGAGAAGUACUUUGUGAAAGCCCUGGCCAUCGUACAGAGCAUGGGAACUCAGGACGUACCGGAGAAAUGGGAACCGUUACUCAACAAUCUGGGCCACGUCAGCAGGAAAUUGAAGAAGUAUGAAGAAGCUUUGGAAUUCCAUCGGCAGGCGUUAGUUUUAUGCCCACAUAGUCCGUCGUCAUAUUCAGCUAUUGGCUAUGUCUAUUCCCUGAUGGGAGACUUUGCUAUGGCUAUUGACUACUUCCACAAGGCGUUGGGUCUCGGUAGACGCUAUGUGUUUUCAGAGACCAUGCUAGCUCGUGUGAUUGAGCAGUUCAUCUUAGAAACCUCUCCAAGUGACGGAGGUAGCGUGGACAUAUCUGAGCUGACGUCGCCUGCUGCUCCCAAGGAUGACGUGAUGAUACUGAUGAAGGACGAUACGUCGUCAAGUCUUGACAUCGAGGUGGAGAUGGAGGAUAAUGAUUGAUGCGGGAAAUUGACUCCAGUUGAAAACAUCUUGAAGAUUUUGAUUCAUCAUCAUCAACAAAAUGUAUCAGGCUUUCAUCAAAGCAACAAACAUCAUCUGAUGCAGGAGUUCUUUUUAGUGCUUCUGCUAACCUUAAAAACAUAUUGAAGGCAAAAUGAUAGAUGAUAUCAUUUUCAUAAGUUUCUGGGUGUGGAUAGCAUAGUCGUUUUGCUCAAAUGGAGUUAAGAUGGAUUCAAGAAUGAAUAAGCCUGCUGAUCAGGGGUAAUAAUAUUAAUUUAAUUUGCUUUGAUCCACUUUAUCCAAUAUGAGAUAUCUUUAAAUCCUUGUUUGAUUGGUUGGGGGAGGGGGGGGGGUUCAAUAUUCCAUUUAAUUGCUAACACCUGGGCUUUUUUUAUAGUGUUGUAUUCAUGGACUCAAAUUAACAAUCUCCAACUAAGCAUAGACUAUAAUUCCACAUAUAAGAUUUAUUUCUUUAGAUUAAAAAAUAUAUAAAUAUUUAUUCAACUGACAAGUAGCGGACAAAAUUGAAUUUUAACAUUUUCCUUUUUUUACUGUGGAGCAAAAGACUUUCCGCCUGGCAUAUCCGAUAUCUCACAGAUUAACAAUACAUGUGUAUAUAUAUAAAAAUGUACACAGAGGUACUGCAUGAAAUAAAUAUUCCGUAAAAUGAAAAAUGUCGUCACGACCCUUCUUUAGUCGUCUCCCGUGUAACCAACUUGUGUCAUGCCUUAAAGGUCAUUUACAACAAUUACAAACGUCAAAAAAAACAAAAUUACCAAAUUA